AUGGAGAAAACUUUUCAGUCCACCGCGGAUCGAAAUCCAUCGAAUUUGCUGAUGUAUUUAUCUUCACUGAUUGACAAAAACGAAGAUUUAUUUACAGGAAGCAAAAGUUGCAAAGACAUGCAAUGCCAAAGGAGAUGUGAGUACACAGGGACAGCUGGGUGCAACCAGUUCGUUUUGGGACCUUGCUGCAAAAAUAAGAGGGAUCCAUACAGACUGACGUGUCCAGCUGAGCCACUGUGUUUGAAAGAGGAAUUGUAUGCGCCAUAUGUGUACAGCUCAAGCAGUGAGAGCGCAGAAGGAGACUCUUUGUCAAGAAGCGAAGUUUGUGCCAAACCCUUCGUCACUGGUCCAUGCAAUGACAUGAGCAUUCGAUGGUUCUUCCACGCCAAAGGCGGAGUUUGUAAGCCAUUCAUUUACGGAGGAUGUUUAGGGAAUGAGAAUAACUUCCAAUCCGAAGUGCGAUGCCAGCAAUUCUGUCUCGCAUAAUUUCACUAAGUGCUUAUUUCAUCAAGAAGGGGUCGUUUUAUUUUUGAAUAACCAAUUGAGACUACUGCAGGUUUACAAUAAAGAAACCAUACC